CGUUAAGUUGUUUUCAUCGACUGUGUGGCGGAGAAGUGCAGGCACCGUUCGCGAUGCAGACGUAAACUUGCAGUUGUCGAUGAGGCCGCCGCCGACAACCGACCACGGCCGGGUUUAAUCACCACGGAGAACUUUUCAAGCGAACGUUAGUGCAUUACAACAGCGGUUUAAGUUUUUUUGUGGCCAUGGAGGAGAAGAAGAAGGAGGAGGGGGAAGCGGAGAUCCAGGAACACGGACCCGAGCACUGGUUCUCCAAAUGGGAGCGGCAGUGCCUCGCCGAGGCCGAGCAAGAGGAACCGAGCGAGGAGGACACCGAGCAGAGCCAACAAACACUCUGGCAUCUCUUCCAGAACUCCGCCACCGCCGUCGCACAACUGUAUAAAGAUAGAGUAUGUCAACAACAGGGCCUUUCCUUGUGGGUUCCCUUUCAAAAUGCUGCAACUGCCGUCACUAACCUUUACAAAGAGAGUGUUGAUGCCCAUCAGCGGAGUUAUGAGCUGGGUAUUCAGAUCGGUCAUCAGAGACGAAACAAAGAUGUCCUGGCAUGGGUGAAGAAAAGGAGGCGGACUAUUCGGCGUGAGGAUCUAAUCAGCUUCCUCUGUGGUAAAGCCCCACCGCCACGUAGCUCCAGGGCUCCGCCAAGACUUGCAAUGGUGUCGCCAAGCCGACCCACGUCCUCAGAGACAAGUUCAUCUGUAGAGACAGACCUGCAGCCUUUCAGGGAGGCCAUUGCUCUGCAUGGUCUAAGCGGAGCCAUGGCGAGCAUCAGUAUGCGCUCCGGAGCCCCAGGUUCACCUACACACCUGAGUGCCAGCUCUGCCCCCAGUCGCCGCCGAAACGGUCUCCAUGAUGUGGACCUCAACACUUUCAUUGCCGAGGAGAUGGCGCUCCACCUCGACAACGGAACUCGGAAACGAAGCUCCGCCCAGUGCAAUGAUGUCAUAACAGACUCGCCCACUCACAAACGCAAUAGGAUGAUCUGAGCUCUUAAGAAAAAGAAAACAACUGACGACAACAACAACAACUGCGAAAUACGUUAAUAAAAUGCCACUCCUCUGUCAUCCUCCCAUCUUUAUUCAGAGCAGGAAAUAAAAGCAGCCAAUAACAGUGCUCACCACAACACAGCACAUUCUCGGAUUGGUCUACAGAGCCCAGUUGAGGUGAUCGGAGGGAGACAGUGUUCAGUGCAGAGGCCUAAGUGCCCUUCCAUGGGAUCCUGUCGACAAACACACAACCCUCAUUCACUAUAUUGCUGCGUGAGUUGAUUGUGUGUGUGUGUGUGUGUGUGUGUGUGUAAGGUUGUGUUAUGGCUGAACUGAGAUGGCAAAAUGCGAGCGAGCGAAUGCAGGAACAAGGAAACAUUUUUGUGUGCAUGUUCGCAACAUAAUGAGCAUUGUCUGUAUGAUUGCGUGUGUGUACAAGUACUUGGUGUGUGUGUGUGUGUGUGUGUGUGAACGACUGAUGAGUUUUGUUAGAGUGUGUUUGUGUGUGGUACCUGCCCCUUCCUUCAGCACCUGUCACUGCCCCAGCUCUCAGUUACCACGCUGCGGCUUUGAAAAGCAACAAAAGUUUUAUUUUAAUGUUAUUGACAAUGCUAUUCAUGUUUUUUUUUGUUCUUUUUUUUGCCUUUUAAUUCUGCUCUAGCAGCAGGCACAAGUGCUGUGAUAGCCAUACGUCCGCUGUCAUGCACAUCUCUCAAUCACUCUUGUUUUUCUUCAGUAGUUUCCCUUCAUUCUUCCGGAGCAUCCAUCUUUUUUCACUCAUCCUCUCAUCACUCUUUUCCCCAGCACCUUUGUCUCCAGUGUAACAUGUAAUGUAAAUACCUGUAGGUGCUGACAUAGACUUGUGGUACAUAUUGUAAAAAAAAAGCUGUGCAGAGACCAUUGAAUUGUUAAUGUACAAUAAUGAUUCUUGCAUUAAAGAAAUCAAGCUUUUAACUA